GGAGCGCGUUACGUCACUAAGAAUAAGGUCCACCUCUCGUCCGAGCUUGAUACUUCGCCUCUGACUCUGUUGGGAAGGGAAAAUCGAGCCUAUUUCUACACAUUGGAACUUUCGUCUAGUUUAGGGCACCCAUAGCACACACAGUACCAACAUGAGUGAUUUAGAAGCGCGUCGUGAAGCCCGCAGGAGGGCAAGGGCCGAAAGAGAUGCUCAAGAGGCACCCACAACGAACGGCGCUAUGGAGGAAGAUUUCUCUGAACGAUUAGCAAGAAGGAGAAGAGAAAGGGAGGCAAGAAAUGCCAAAAUCUCACCUGAAAGUAACGAUGUGGAGGAUGACUUUGAGAGAAGAAGACGUGAAAGACGAGAACGUCUCAAUAGAGGAGGUGGCGGUGAAGAUUCAGAGGAUGUCUCAUCAGCACGCGCCAGGCGAAGACGUCAAAGAGAGGAGGAGGAGGCAGAAGCAUCUCCAGCCCCAGAGGUCAACAAUGUGCAGGAAGAACCCACACAGGAGGAAGAACCAGAAGAGGAGGCUCCAGCAGCAGCAGCUGAUGAUGAUGAAGCAGAAAUGGAAGCUAUGCGUCUCCGCGAAGAAAGAGAGGCAGCUGCCAGGGAGGCCAAGGAACGCAUGAGAAGGGAAGAGGAGGAGGAGGAAGCCAGAUUAGAAGAACUGAGGCAGAAAAAAGAAGAGGAACGCAAGAGGAGGCAAAGAGAAGAAGAAGAACGUGAGCGUGAAGAGAUAGAACGCAGGGAAAGGGCUGCUGCUGAGAAGAAAGCUAGAGAGGAAGAAGAGAGAAGGAAAAAGGAGGAAGAAGAGAGAAUUAAGAGAGAGGAGGAGGAAAGAAGGAAGAACAGAAGGAAAGGCUUGGGUGGUCUUUCCCCAGAGAAAAAGCAAAAACUAAAGAAACUUAUUAUGCAAAGAGCUGCUGAGGAGCUCCGACAAGAAGCCAUGAGAAAGAAGGAGGAGAAAGAAAAUUUCAUCAAGAAUAAGGUGGAACCAUUGCACGUAGACGGUGUCAACAACAAACAGGAGGUUGAAAGACUCUGUAGGAAGUUAUACGAGAAAUACGCUCAGUUGGAAGAAGAUAAAUAUGAGUGGGAAGUUAAAAUACGCAAACAAGAUUUUGAGAUCAAUGAGCUUACGAUAAAAGUAAAUGACAUCAAGGGUAAAUUCAUCAAACCUGUGCUGAAGAAGGUCUCCAAGACAGAUGCCAAAUUGGCCAGGUUUGACAGAAACAAGGGUGGAAAAGAAUCCUUCCGCAACCAACUCAAAUCAACAGGCCAGAGUAAAUAUGCAUUAAAGGAGGAAGAAGAGGCUGCAAAAAAUCCAGAUUGGCGAGAGGGUCUGCAGAAACACCAGGAAGCUGAGAGUUAGAUGCAAGGACUGAGAAACUAAAAUCAAAACCCAAUGUGUGCUGAACAAAAGAAAAGACAAGAACUACUUUCCACGGACUAAGCCAAGAGUACCAUCUUGGGUUGCUUUUUUAAUCUCUAAUUUCCAUUCAUUUGUUCACUCAAUGGAAUCUGUAACUCAAACCACCGCCAGAUAUAUUCUUCUACUCAGUUGACUUGGAUUCUGCUACUUCAGGAUUGUAGAUUGAGUGCUGGCAAAUCAAUGGAUUAGGGAGGAUUAUCCCACAUUUAUUUAUAUAUAUAUACAGUCUUGAUACAGGUAGCCAUGUAGAGCCAUCUCUCUCAACUUGUCAGCAUUUAUUACUUAAGUGCAAUAGUGUGUGAUAGUUUAUGAACAGAACUGGUCCUAGAUCUGAGCAUCCAUUGAAGAUUCUUAGCUCCUUUCAAGUAAUUUUUUAAGAUGCAUCUUUAAAAAAAGAAUGACCUGGGCCCUAAUGGCAGUUACAGUAGUAAAAAAGGAAGGCUUCUUUUUGUGCAGUUUCAGUUUCACUUUUUAAUGGGACAUCCCUUUGUUUGUGAAAUUGUGGAUUCGUACAUGUUUUGUUUAUUGAUGAACAAUCAGGAAUUAUUUCCACUCGUUUGAAAUGCUUAACAUUCAGGAAUUAUUUCCACUUGUUUAAAAUGCUUAAAACUUGUACAGUUUUUAAAUGGACAUUUUAAACUCUUAUAAGAUAUUUUAACCAUAUAGCACUAUUUUAUACAUAUACUAUUAGAAAGUCAGCUUGGUUAGUUCAGGGCUCUGCCAAAAGAAAUCUAACAUAAAAUAGCAUUGAAAUUAAAAUCCAAUGCCAAUCUUGCUUUUGCUUUUUAUUAAGGUUUCAUACUUAGCUUUAAAAGUUCUUCUUGGUCACAUUGCAUUCAUAUACGCUUUUAAGCAAACUAUCCAUGUGGCAGUAGAUUUUGUAGUUUAUUCCUUGUGUGUAAAGUGUGAUCUGGGGCUUUUGCUCCUUAACAUAUUUAUAUAUCAGUAUGUAAAGCCUUCUGUAGAAAAAAUUAACCUAGCUAUGUCAUCGUUAGUGGAAGCGGUUUGUUAAUGAUAUAUAUGGAGUCCAUAUUUCAUUGACUUUCCUCCAACAAUUUUUCAAAAACUAAAGAAGACGUCCUCUCUGUAUAUCAAUUUAUCAGAUAAAAACAAUUCUCACCAUACUGGAUGGGGACAGUUCCUCACUAGCAACAUUAAAUGAACUGUUGACUGUUCUGCCUCUUCUUGGAACUGUUAGCCCUAACAACAGUAACAACUGGAUAAUUUUAAGAACUUAACGGGUUCGAUGAAGUGUGUGUGAAAUCCAAUGAACACCAUGCAAAAAAAGCAGUAUUUACUGCUCGAACAUAAACGAUUUAUCUGAAUGAAUAAUAUGAACCUUUGACAGUCAUGGUGGUAUACAUUAAAAUGACAGAUGAGUGGGUAGAGCAAAACAGGCAAAGAAAGUCCCAUUUUGUAGAAAAUGAUUGACGUAUGUAUGAACUUUCAUGUUUGUAAACAAUAAAUCCAGUCAUUUUCAAAA